CAAAGCUCAUUGUACAGUGUCUGCUUUCAUCACAUCGACUGUGCAAUGGAGUUGAGGAUUCUAUUAUUUGCAACAAUGAUUUCAUUCGCCACUGGCCAGGUGACAAUGGCGAUUUCAAAAAGGAAAACAACUUUAGGAUCUCCAGUAGAGCUUGUGUGUCAGCAGCCUGAUCAAGGAUGGGAAAGUGAUUGGAAUCGUGACGGCCAACCAGCCCUCACUGUGAAGAAGACCCGUGAAAAUCCCUGCGUUGUGAAAUGGUUUAUUAAUACUCCGGCGAACACGAACGUUAUUUGUCAAGAAAACAGUGGACGUUUCCUGCUAAGGUUCAACCAGUCUAGGAUUGAACUGAAUGGCACAAUAUGGGAUUGCAAGAUUGAUGAUUCAGAUGGCAGCAACAGUGUCACUAUUGAAUUAACAGAAGAGAAAAAAGCAUCAGAUACAACUACCGCUGGAGCUGUUAUUGGACACACGAAAAGUGUCUGUGCGAUCGUCGGUUGUUUCCUCCUGAUCACUGCAUCGGUUGGUGUUAUCAUAAUUUACAGGAAGCACUGCAGAGCGCGCCAAAGCGAAACCAGAACACUGACUAACAGCCAUGGUGGUACGACAGGGCGAACAACUAAUAGCUUAGUCAUGCAGGAGAAUGACUUGUACGAACAAGGAAUUACAGAACGCGACUCAGUGAUGCAAGAGAAUGACUUGUACGAGUCAAGUAAAGAACACGACAGAGAACACACAACUGAAAUUUACACAGAAGCUGGCUUGAAGUAGCCAUGUGUGUAUCUCUGCUAUCAAGUCUAAAACGUCAUCAGUGUUUGCAUGUAUUCAUAUAAGGAAUCAAGAACGUGCCUGCAACUGACGAAACGUUUCACAAGUUACUGACAGUGUACAGAUGACCAUUAUGACAAUAAAAGCAUUUCUAUAAGCUUU